AUGUCCCUCGAGGUCCAAUGGGACAUUCAUCAUAUUCCUACAUUCACAUAUAAUUCCACUAAUUGUGGACAUGGUGGUGCAAUUGAGAACAUUAAAUCUAGUGUAUUCUGGUUCUCCAAUGGAAUGAGAAUGUAUUUAAUUGAUCCCGAUGGUACCCUAAUAGCAAGAGGUCUAAUAGAAUUCUGUGAUGGAGCACCUCCUGUAAGUAAUUUUCUCUCUCUAGCACGUCCUCAUGCUGGUGUAGCAGCUAUUCCUUACUGCGAAGCAGUUGAUUUUGAAACUCCUGCCACCUAUUACAAAGUACCAACCGAAAUCGAUAACUAUUUGAAGAUUUCUAAAUUCCUUCCGAAGCUCAACAAUGAACGUCCAGAGGAAAGAAACUUCACUUACAACGAUCAUUUUAGUAGUUUGAAACAAGUUGGUGAUGCUCAUGAUUUUGUCGGGUUUUUUCCGCUUUUGGUUCCAAAGGAAACGGCAUUGUUUGGAUACUACAAGGAUGGCAGCAAAUGA